AGCAAUAACAACGUAACGUCGUAUUUUCGACUCUCCUAUUCUGCACAAUGCUAAUACCACCCCGCAGUCAGAUCAAGAUAUAUUCGGCGUACGUCUAGAGAUUUUAUCCAAAAUACUACCAAAUUAAGCUUGAAUAAUUUUCCCAUCCACCAUAGUACGGGUUAUGCACAGUUCUACUGGAUAAAGUUAAACGAGGUAAAUAUUUCAUGCGCAAAUUUCGCAAAAACCCGUUUUUCUGCCGCCAUUUUGCCGUUUUGACCGGCUGUUUUAAUCGUCGAUUUUCUUUGGUUCCCGACUUUGUUUUGACAGCUGUGACGUAACACAAGUGCAUUGUUGACUUCUGCGUUCCUGGGUAUAUUUUUUUGGCAAAAUACUGCAGAUUUUCAUUGUUUAUUCUGCAAAAAACUUGAACAGUAUGGAUGGAACAUGUCUUCGAGUAAAAGAUGUAAUGGAAAAAUUGGUUUCAACCGGGAUAUUGAAUACAACUAAAUUUCUUCAAUCUAUGUAUGAUAAUGAGAGCAGCCAAAAAUACUUAUUCCUGACUCUCAGACGAUUGCAACAGAAGUGCUACAGGCUACAGAAAAAUGAACAUAGAGUAAAAGGCAAAGAAAAUCUGCAGCGCUUUUUAAACUUGCCAUAUCAUAUUCCUACAAUAUCAAAUGACUGUCGACCAUGUAUUCUUUUGGAAAAACAACACCUUAUUUCACAAUGUCCUGUAAAUAAUGCAGAGAGUGUUGAAGAUUUCAUUGAAGGUCCUGUUUGUCCCAAUGAACACCGUCCAAUUUUUGAUGAAUGUCCAACAACUUCUGUUAAACAUCCUACUGUUGUUGGUGUGAUCCCUCCAAUCUCUCUUGAAGAAAAAGAUGUAUCAACGUCUAAAACUUUUUUUGAAGAUUUAUCUUCCAAUUUAGAAGAUUUGAAAAUACAAACAAUAGAAACACAAUCUGUUAUCGAACAAACAAAAGAACUCAAUAGAACGCUUUUUGAAACACUUCAAAAUCGGAAUGAACAAUUAAAUAUUAAUAAAAAGGAAUUGAAAAGAACCAAUAGUAGAGAAAAUUAUUGGCGAAAUAAAUGUCAAAAGCUUGAAGAUGAAACUAGUUGCCUCAUUAUAGAAGAUCCAUGUUCGUGUGAUUUAAAUGAAAGGCUUGAUUCAUUGCAGGCUGAGAUAAAAAUUAUGAAAAACAUAAAUUCUGAUUUAAACAAACAAAUAGAUGAAUUGAAAAUAGAAGUUGAAACAUUGAAAGACAGAGAAAAUUGCAUUUUUUAUAAUGAACACACUAAUUCAUAUAGUCCAGAACUCCAUGUUUGUGUCUAUUCAUUAUUGAACUGUAAUGUUGGAACUGAACAUGUUGUAAAAGUUAUUGAAAGUGUUUUGAAUUUAAUAAAUAAAACUGCUGACAAAUUACCCAGUGUUAGUACUAUAAAUAACUGGUCUGUUGAAAGAAAUUUGAUAUCUCGUGAACAUAUUUCUUCCAAAAAAAAUAGCAAGCACAUUACUCUGCAUACAGAUGAAGCAUCAAAAUAUGGACAUCGAUACGGGUCAUUUGCGACAAGAGAUGUUGACGGUAAUUACAUGGUAUUGGGAAUGCGUGACAUGACAACAAAGUCCUCACACGACACAUUGGAAACUUUUAAAGAAAUUUUAUGUGACAUUGAUUGCUUAUCAUCUGACCAGCACCCAUCUGGAAAAACUAUUUUAUGUAAUAUCAAAAAUACUAUGAGUGACAGGGCUGCAACAGAGGUUAAAUUCAAUGAUUUACUACAAAAUUACAAAAAUGAAGUUUUACCUGAAAUUGUUGAAAAUUACCAAGAUCUGAAUGGGGAGUCACAACAGGCACUUGGAAGAAUAAAUAACUUUUUUUGUGGACUGCACUCUCUUGUGCAUAUGGCAGAAGUUUCACAGAAAGUAUUAUAUGAUGUUGAAGACAAUCAUUUUGACGGCAAUAUUCCUCACUCAAAUACGUGUUUUAACAAAGUUGGUCAGUCUGGUACGCUCCGUCUUAUUCAAACAAGUUGUAAAGCCUUUGCAAGAAGAGGAGAUCAAAGAAAUGGUUGCUAUGGAAACUUUAAAACAUUUAUAUCAAGUUUACUACAAGAACAUGCCAUGAAUUUUCCAUUACAACCUCUUAAAGGAAACCGUUUCAAUAUACUGUUUGCAAAUGCUGGACAUAUAUAUUUCCUUCAUAAACACAUACAUGAGUUUUUGAAAAGUUAUCCAAAUUUGAACUUUUUAUUGUCAUCAAUAUUGAAAGACAUUCAGGAACCAUUCUUCAUAGCCGGUUGUAAAGCACUUGGUCUGUUGUCAAAAUUCUUAACCACCCCUCUGUGGCAUGUUAUUGAAAACAAAGACAUAUCGAUUUCUGAUAUAAAUAUCAGGUAUUUUCAGUUGAAAACCUUCCUGGAAGACAGUGCUCUGAAUAUUAAUGACUUUAUGAAAGGAAAGCAUACGCUAUUUGAUGAUGUCCCAGUCAAGAAAGAUAGUGUAUACCAAUGUCUCAUUGAAGAAAAUCCUGUCGAUGGUCAUGUCACUGUUAUGUUGUCAGUUCUUCUUCCAGCUCUUUCAAAACUUAUAUCGAAACAAUUCAAAGACCAUUUACCAUCUGGAGUUCAUGAACAUGUUGAUGCGAAUGAAACGGCUAGUGUUGACAAACAUAAUAAAUUUCCAGAGCGAAUAUUUUCAUAUGUUGAUCAUAUAUUAUCAUACAAACCGAACAUUACCACGCUUUCUCUGGAAUCACACAUAACCUUUUCAUUGAACAAAACACUGGAUUGGCUGAAAGAACAACCAGAUAUAAACACAUUGAUAGAAAAAAGCAGGAAAAGUGUUAAAGAUGAGCGCAAACAAUUUAAACGAAGGGAAUUAGCUAUAGAAGCAAGUAGGUUGAAGAAAUUGCAGAAUGAUAUGAUAAAAAAGGAAGAGAUGGAGAGAAAAAGAAUACAAAAGUUAGAAAUCUUGACCACCAGUUUACAUAAAUAUGGCUUGUGGAUGUCAACAGAGGAAAUAAAUCAGGGAUUAUCAAAAAUCAGACUGAAGAAAGAACAAGAAAAUAGCCUGAAAACACAAUUAAAAUAUAGAAAAGAAGUUCUCAAUCAAAAGAAUUCAGAUAAGCUGUUUGCUGUCAGUAAAGUUGUGAAUUCAAAGAGAGUGCUACUAACCGUUGAAGAUUUGAAAGCAAAUCUUAUAAGGUUAAUACAAUUGUAAAAUUAUAAUUGUCUAGAACAAUGAUAUGUACCAUGAAGUAGUAAUAUCACAUAAACACUGCAACAUCAUGAUGUCUUCAAAGGAAAUUGCCAAAUCACUUUUACAUGUAGGUAAAUUGUUUUUAAAAGUAUAUUUUAUAAGAUGCUAGGAUUGUAACUUAAAAAUUUCCCGGUCAAGAUAUUGGCAGACAUAAUGCCAUUGGAUGAGUAAAACUGAAUGCUACAUAUACAUUUAAAGCUGCACUCUCACAGAUUGACUGCUUAGAGUCUAACUUUAUUUUUUGUCAUUACAUCAGCUGAUUUUGGCAUCAAUGCCUUCAAUUCAGUUAUAUAAGAUCACUCACAAUAAAAAAGGUCUCAAAUGUUUGGAAAACUGCAUAUAAACUUGUUUUUCUUAAAGUGUUAGUAACGGUUUUAGCCAUAAUAUAUGGAAAACUUUUGUAUGGUAUUUUGUCAACAGACUUACAUCUAUUGUUUCAAGACAUUUACGCAAAAUUGGCUCAAUCGAAGGCAAAAAAUAAAAAAGUUGUCAAGACAGUCAAUAUGUGAAAGUGCAGCUUUAAAAUACACAUUUUAUGGUACAUGUAGCUUUGUCCAAAGUAAGGAUUCCUAGUAAACUGCUAGUCAAAACUGGAAGUUUUCAACUGUAUAUAUAUCAUAAUUAGUCAUUCAUUUUCUUUUUC